AUGGCAACCCCUAAUCUUUCCUUGCCAAACUUUCCACCUUUUGACGUCCAUGUCGAUGGCAACGUUGGCCCACGAUGGAAAAAAUGGCUAACCAGGUUCGAACGACUUCUUAUAGCGACGAACAUCACAGAAGCAAAACAAAAACGCGCCCUUUUAUUACAUUAUGCUGGCCCGGCCGUAGACGAAAUCUUCGAUACUUUAUCUGAUACUGGCGAAGACAAGACUAUAAAUAAGCAGUAGACGCUCUGAAUGCAUACUUUUUGCCUCAGUUAACUCAACAUUCGAAGAGUACAAUUUUCGCCAAGCAAAACAACAACACGGAGAAAAUAUUGACGCAUAUAAUACCCGGCUGAGACAACUCGCCCAAACCUGCGAUUUUACCGACGUCGAUAAAGAAGUAAAAUCACAAAUAAUUAUUGGGUGUUUGUCACAACGUUUAAGACGACAAGCUUUGCGUGAUAAUCCAACUCUCAAAGAUCUACUAGCCGCAGGAAGAGCACAAGAGCGAAGCGAAGCACAAGCCGAAGCCGUAGAAAAAGGCGUGUCACCCGUAAAUUCCAUCAAAUACGAGCAAAGCCAAAGAGACACGAGAAACAGAAAAAAUCACGGAAAAUAUCAACAAUCGAAGUCCAGAUACUUUGGGAACGCUGGAAAUCAACAAGCACCCGCGGGAAAUCGACAAUUUCCUACCAGAAAUCGACAAAUACCCCCGGGAAAUCAACAAAUACCUACUCAACAAUGUCGCAAUUGUGGUGGAAUUUUUCCACAUAACGGCGACUGUCCUGCAAAAGGUAAAGAAUGUCGAGCAUGCGGGAAAAGCGAUCAUUUUGCCAAGGUUUGCAGAUCAAAACCCGAGCGACGCGAAAUCCACCAAGUAUCGGAAACCCCAUCAGAGGAACCCCAAUAUCUAUUCACCUUGCAGAAUAACCAUCAGCACAAUACGUCACCACUCUGUGAAGUUUACAUAGCUAACGAAGCAGUCCAAACCAUUGAAUCCACUUACGAAAAGAUUCGAAAGCGCAACAAAAACGCAGUGCUCACUACACCCCGAUCCAAGAUAUUCACAUAUGGCUCAAAUAUGGAACUGCCACUCCUGGGCAUGACUACAGCAAAAUUCGUUUCCAGUCCACUACCGUCAACGCAACCUUCUAUGUCACAAAGGGACAAAAUGGUAAUCUCUUGAGCUGCAACACUGCCGAAAGUUUAGGAAUCCUAAAGAUAACAGUAAACACUGUUUUAGAUACCCCCAACACAACUCCCGAGCAAAAUUUUCCAGACUUGUUCGAUGGAAUUGGCAAGAUAAAGGACAAGACAAUCAAGUUGCAUAUUGAUCCAGAGAUUGAACCUAAGGAACAGUCUCACCGCCGUAUCCCAUUUCAUAUUCGUCAAGACGUUGAAAGAGAAAUUAAACGCCUAGAAGAUCUAGAUAUUAUCGAAACAGUCGAGGGCCCCAGCCCUUGGGUGAGUCCAAUUGUCGUAGUUCCAAAGAAAUCCGCAGAAAUCCGUAUCUGUGUUGACAUGCGGGAAGCAAAUAAAGCCGUGAAAAAAGCACCUCAUGCCAACCCUUGA